GGGUUUAACCAUAGAGCUGCGACAACAGGCUGCACAGGAUGAGGAAAUGAAGUGGAGCAACCGGGUGACUUCAGCCCUUUAUUGCCUUGCAAAUAUCCCUGAGCUGGAAACACUGAGCCCUUUGCCCGGAGAUAUCAGCCCAGCGCUGGCCAGCGUCCACCCCUCUGACUGCUCAUGGCUGACGUGAACUCUCAGCCGCCCGCCGCGGGCACGUCCCAGCUCGACCAGGUGCAGGGUCAGGUGAACGAGGUCAAAGUUAUUCUCAAAGACAACAUCAACAAAGUGCUGGAGAGGGGCGACAGGUUGGACGAUCUGAUCGGGAAGACCGACGACCUGCAGGCCACCGCCGACUCGUUCCAGAGGACGUCCACGCGCGUCGCCCGCAAAUACUGGUGGAAAAAUGUGAAACUGAUGAUUUUAAUCGGCGUGAUCGUGCUGAUCAUCGUCAUCCUCAUCAUCCUCGCCGCCACCAAAGUUAUAUAAGCCGCCCCGGAAAGGACCACGGACACUCAGCGAUCGGAGGGUUUUUGUAUGUUCAGAGAUCAAAAAAAAAAGUGAUGAUUACAGUCAGAGAUUAAGAGUUGGCUGAAAUCCUUUUUCGUUAACACUCCAACAGUCGACGUCACUCUUAUUAAUGGAAACGCAAAUGAGCGUUUAUUGUUUUUAUUUUAAUACACUGUGUAUAUACUGUAUAUGUAUCAUAUGACUGAUGAUAAAGAGGAUAAUUACAACGCA